AUGUCGCUGAAUGGCAAGCAUGAUAAUGGAUUGAGCAACAAAUCCAGAAUGAUGAAUAUUCCCAGACUCACACUCAACAAUGGUGUGUCCAUGCCCAUUCUGGGGCUUGGUGUCUGGCGUAUCGAUAAAUCACACAUUAAACACCUCAUUCUCAAUGCCAUCAACAUUGGCUAUCGCCAUUUGAUUGUGCUGAUGAUAAUUAAUGAAUAUGUUUUGAUGGCAGCUGACUAUAAGAAUGAAAGAGAAGCCGGGGAGGCACUGGCUGAGGCAUUCAGGGCAGGAUUUGUGAAGAGGGAGGAACUUUUCAUUACCACCAAGCUUUGGAAUUCGGACCAUGGACAUGUUAUAGAGGCCUGUAAAGAUAGCUUGAAGAAGCUCCAGCUCGACUACUUGGACCUCUACCUUGUUCACUUUCCUAUGGCCUCCAAGCACCUUGGAGUUGGUACUACUGGAAGUGUUUUGGGUGAGGAUGGAGUGCUUGAAAUGGACACCAGUAUAUCCUUAGAAAGCACCUGGCAUGACAUGGAAAACCUGGUUUCAAUGGGCUUAGUUAGGAGCAUUGGCAUCAGCAACUAUGAUGUGUUUCUCACAAGAGAUUGCUUGGCUUACUCCAAAGUGAAGCCUGCAGUGAAUCAAAUUGAAACACAUCCUUAUUUUCAGCGUGAUUCUCUUGUCAACUUCUGUCAAAAGCAUGGGAUCUGUGUCACCGCUCACACUCCUCUCGGAGGAGCUUUGGCCAAUACCAAGCGCUUUGGUUCAGUCUCUUGCCUCGAUGAUCCUCUUCUCAAAGAUUUGGGUGAGAAGUACAACAAGAGCGUGGCUCAGAUAGUGCUGAGGUGGGGGAUUCAGAGGAACACAAUUGUCAUACCAUAA